ACUCUGUCAUGUCAAAACAGAUAAACAUUCUCAUGCAAUGCAAUGUCGUCGUUUGCCGUCUUACGUGCAUUGUAAGGAAUAUUAAGUAUUGCACUAUUCUCUAGUUAUUGUAAAUUGUUUUAUAUUGUUGUGCUCUAAUAAAAGAGAUGUUGAGUGUAAGAAGUUAACUGCAGUUUGAGUGAAUAUUAACAAUGUCGACAAGCACUAGUGAUCACGAUAUGAGCGAUUCUUCCUGCUCCCCAAUGUCCUUCAUCAGAUAUUCGCCGCACAGUUCUCCAUCACAACAAGUUCCUCAGCUUACGACAGACCUGACCGAGUUAACUUGUGCUGAUAACAAGCGACAGUUUUUUAAAAAUGCUAUGGCGCCAAAACUGUACAUCACUGAACAACCUCAGAACCAUUUUAGGUUUCGGUAUGUAAGUGAGAUGGUUGGAACCCAUGGCUGUCUACUCGGAAAAUCAAACGGUACUAAUAGAGCGAAGACACAUCCAACUGUUGAACUUGUAAACUACACCGGUAAAGCCUUGAUUAGAUGCCGUUUGGCGCAACAUAACAACCCUGAGGAACACCCUCAUAAGUUGUUAGAAGAUGAGCAGGACAGAGAUAUGAGUUACAUUGUGCCUGAUCAAGGGAGCUAUAAAGUUGGGUUUGGCGGUAUCGGAAUUAUUCACACCGCAAAAAAAGACGUAGCAGCGCUUCUUUUCAAAAAGUUUUCAGAGAAAUGCAAGAACUCCAAUGUCGCCAUUAAAGAGAAAGACCUACAAGUGCAAUGCGAAAACUUGGCGAAAACUAUCAAUUUAAAUAUUGUACGCUUAAAGUUCAGCGCUCACGAUAUCGAUACUGGAAAAGAAAUUUGUGAACCAGUGUAUUCCGAACCUAUUCAUAAUAUGAAAAGUGCAGCAACAAACGACUUAAAGAUUUGCCGUAUUAGUCUUUCCUCUGGAAGCGCUUCUGGCGGAGAUGACGUAUUCAUUUUGGUUGAAAAAGUUAACAAAAAGAACAUUAUGAUCAGGUUCUUUGAGUUAGACGAAAACGGUGAAAGAAGUUGGACUAGUGUUGGCCAAUUCAUGCAAAGUGAUGUUCAUCAUCAAUACGCAAUCGUUUUCCGGACGCCUCCCUACAAGAAUCCGGAAACACCUAAGGACGUCCGUGUCUUUAUUGAACUGGUCCGACCAUCGGAUGGACGCACCAGUGAACCUAAAGAUUUUAAAUACAAAGCGAACCAAGCAUUCAAACAGAUCAAGAAAAGGAAAACUGGUUCAUCUUAUUGUUCGAUUGGAAGUUCUUCGAGUGGAUCCCUAAAGAGUAGUUGCGAUAUUCCAGUGACUGUUGUUAACAGUCAACCACAGGAAGACAUUGUUGAGCGUAACGUUGAAGCGUCUUCGUUGUACGCCUCACCGUUGCUGCCUCAGGUGCAAGACGCCAUGUCUUUAAAUCAAUGCGACCUCGGCAGCGCAUUGUACCCGGCGCCCCGCUCGGAGUCGAGCCACUCCUCGGUGUCCAGCCCGAUGUGGGCGCAGCCGCAGAACGUCAUCCCAAUCGAACCACCCAUUGUAGACCUUAAUCUGAACUCGGCAGACUUUGAACAGAUCCCGAAUGCUGAACCCGUUAGCCAGGUGCCAGAAGAUAUGAAACAGUUUUUGAUUGAAUACAUGAAGAGUUAUGGUGAAAAUCUUCCAGAUGAAAACUUCAGCAUGGAAAUUCAACCAUCUCUGUGGGUAGCUGACUCAGGACGAUCAAAGCAAGGACAAGCAGCAAAACCAGCGGUUUCUAAUAACAAAACGAGCGAUAAUAAUAAGACAAUCAAGCCAGAGUACCCAGCAUUCUACAAAACCGAAGACGGAAUUGAAGUGAAAAAGAUUGUGAAAGAUUUGUGUGAAAUAAUCAGAGACAAAAAAGGUUUUAAGAAGGCUGAGGUCAGAAACCGACUAGAAAGGUUGUUCGAAAUAAGGUUGUCAAAUGGAGAUACAUUCCUCCACAUGACACUGUGUAGUAACCAGCAAAGCUUAGAAUACAUUGUGAAAAUAAUCCACAAAGUAAAAGCUACGCAUUUGCUAGACUGCGCGAAUGAUAAACAACAGACAACUCUGCAUUUGGCCAUUGCAAAUGAUAUGCCAAAAAUUGUGGCUUUGCUUGUAUCAAAAGGCGCCAACCCAAUGCUGAAAGACGAUGAAGACCUAAACGCGAUCCACUACGCUGUGAAAUACAAAUCUUGUUUGGAGGAACUUCUGGACACUAUUAAAAAGAAUGACGUGCCCUGUGAUCUGAAUGAAUACAAUAAUGAGAAGCAGUCCCCGCUGCACAUGGCGGUGGUGGGGGGCUGGGCGGCGGGCGCGGCGAGGCUGCUGGCGGCGGGCGCGCGGCCGGGCGCGCGCGACGCCAGCGGCCGCACGCCGCUGCACCUGGCCGCCUACGACGACCGCCUCGAGGUCAUGCGCGCGCUGCUGGACCAUGUGCACACGAGCGAGAUCGAUGUCACGGACGAUGCUGGGAACACGGCAUUACAAAUUGUCUGCGGUGGUGCUACAGUAAGAGAAAACACCGUCGCAAUCGCUAAACUACUACUGGAGAAAAAGGCAUACCCUCUUAAGCACGAAGAUUGCAAUGAAUCUGCUUGGAGUUUAGCAAGAAAGAAGCCAGAGCUUAAGGCGCUAUUGCAAUCCUACGUCGGGCAGGAGUUUAUGGACGAAGACGACAUUAAGUCGGAACCAGAAGAUGAAUUUGAAUCAGCUGACGAAGGCGAUUACUCUGAGUGUGGCCUACAAGAGCUAUCGCUGUACGCGCGCGAGGUGUCGGUGCUGGUGGACGUGUCGGGCGCGUGGGUGUCGCUGGCGAAGCGACUGCGCCUCGACGCGCUGCUGGACUGGUACGCCGCGCAGCCCAGCCCCACGCACACGCUGCUCAACCAUCUCAAGGAAUCCAGAGACGAUAUUACAUCAAAAUCUUUGGCUAUGAUUUUAGACGACAUUGGACAGACGGAAGCUGCCUCUGUUAUUAGGAGAUACAUCGACUGACACCCUAAUGGGCAUUCCUCUAUUCUUAAAUAAAAAAAA